CCCCUCCCCCCACCCCUCCCGGCUCCGAGCCGCGGCCAAGCCCGUUCCUCCUCCUCCUCCUCCUCUUCCUCCUCCUCCCGCCGCAUCUUUGCGCCCGCCGCCCGCAGCCUCGCCCGGGCGGGUGUGCGUCUGGGUGUCCCCCGUACCCCCUUCCCCCCCCCCCGGCACCUAUACCCGCGCCCGCUGCGGCCCCCCCCGCCCCCCCAGGCCGGCACGGAGACAUGGCCCCCAUCGGACUCAAGGCUGUGGUGGGAGAAAAGAUCAUGCACGAUGUGAUCCGGAAAGUGAAGAAGAAGGGGGAGUGGAAGGUGCUGGUGGUGGACCAGCUCAGCAUGCGCAUGCUGUCCUCCUGCUGCAAGAUGACCGACAUCAUGACGGAGGGCAUAACCAUUGUGGAAGACAUCAACAAGCGCCGGGAGCCGCUGCCCAGCCUGGAGGCUGUUUAUCUCAUCACCCCCUCUGAGAAGUCCAUCCACUCCCUCAUCAAUGACUUCAAGGAUCCCCCCACCUCCAAGUACAGAGCUGCCCAUGUCUUCUUCACUGACUCCUGCCCUGAUGCCCUCUUCAAUGAGCUGGUGAAAUCCCGAGCUGCCAAGGUCAUCAAAACCCUGACUGAGAUCAACAUUGCCUUCCUGCCCUCCGAGUCCCAGGUUUACUCCCUGGAUUCAGCAGACUCCUUCCAAAGCUUCUACAGCCCCCACAAGGCCCAGAUGAAGAACCCCAUCCUGGAGCGCCUGGCCGAGCAGAUCGCCACGCUCUGUGCCACGCUGAAGGAGUACCCAGCCGUGCGGUACAGGGGGGAUUACAAGGACAAUGCCAUGCUGGCACAGCUCAUCCAGGACAAGCUGGAUGCCUACAAGGCUGAUGAACCCACCAUGGGCGAGGGUCCGGACAAGGCUCGCUCCCAGCUCCUCAUCCUGGACCGUGGCUUCGACCCCGCGUCCCCUGUGCUGCACGAGUUGACCUUCCAGGCCAUGAGCUACGACCUGCUGCCCAUCGAGAACGAUGUCUACAAGUAUGAGACGAGCGGCAUCGGGGAAGCUCGGAUCAAGGAGGUUCUCCUGGACGAGGACGAUGACCUGUGGGUCACCUUGCGCCACAAGCACAUCGCUGAGGUGUCCCAGGAGGUGACUCGGUCCCUGAAGGAGUUUUCUUCAAGCAAGAGGAUGAACACGGGUGAUAAGACCACCAUGAGAGACCUGUCCCAGAUGUUGAAGAAGAUGCCACAGUACCAGAAGGAGCUCAGCAAGUACUCAACCCACCUGCACCUGGCUGAGGACUGCAUGAAGCACUACCAGGGCACAGUGGACAAGCUCUGCCGAGUCGAGCAGGACCUGGCCAUGGGCACUGAUGCUGAAGGUGAGAAGAUCAAGGAUCCCAUGAGGGCCAUCGUCCCCAUCCUGCUGGAUGGGAAUGUCAGCACCUACGACAAGAUCCGCAUCAUCCUGCUCUACAUCUUCCUCAAGAACGGUAUCACUGAGGAGAACCUGAACAAGCUGAUCCAGCACGCUCAGAUCCCAGCAGAGGACAGUGAGAUCAUCACCAACAUGGCCCACCUCGGGGUGCCCAUCAUCACAGACUCCACCCUGCGGCGCCGGAGCAAGCCGGAGCGGAAGGAGCGGAUCAGCGAGCAGACCUACCAGCUGUCCCGGUGGACCCCGGUGAUCAAGGACAUCAUGGAGGAUGCCAUCGAUGACAAGCUGGACACCAAGCACUACCCCUACAUCUCCACCCGCUCCUCUGCCACCUUUGGCACCACUGCUGUCAGCGCCCGCUACGGCCACUGGCACAAGAACAAGGCCCCUGGCGAGUACCGGAGCGGCCCCCGCCUCAUCAUCUUCAUCCUGGGCGGUGUCAGCAUGAACGAGAUGCGCUGCGCCUAUGAGGUGACGCAAGCCAGCGGCAAGUGGGAGGUGCUAAUAGGGUCCACGCACAUCCUCACCCCACAGAAACUGCUGGACACGCUGAAGAAGCUCAAUAAAACAGAGGAGGAGAGCAGCAGUUAAGAGGAAUCUCCACCGCCGACUCCACGCCGAAUCCCCUGCCGGGCUGCGACCCCGCACCCAGCCCUGGCCCAGCUUCCUCUCCUUCUUUUGUUGACUCCCCCCCUCCUCCCUUUUCCCCCCUCCCGUGGCCUUCCCCAGCUCAUUUCGAUCCAGAGGGAGGAGACAACAGCCAAACUAAACGAUCUGUUCAGAAAGCCCCAAGCCUUGCGUUAAAGAGAGGGCGUUGGGGGGGGGUGAACCCGACCGGUUCUUGCUUGGAGCUGCAGCUCUGCACAGCCCCCCCGGAGCUCCCUGCUGAGUCCUCCCCCACCACCACCUGGGGGAUGAUGGUGAUAAGAAAGGGUUUGCUCCUUGUUGUGAGGGGUCUGCUGCGGCUGGACGGACAGACAGACAGCUGGGCAGCCCUCCAGCCUCUGCCCAGGAGCAGGGGGAAGGUCCCCGCCGGGGGCUGCUGCUGUCCUUUGUCAUUUCAGGGCCGGGAGCGCUCCUGCCAGAUGCGCGCAGCAACAUCUGGGAGGAGAGUGCCGGGAGCGGGGAGAGGGAGGGGAGAAGAAGCUUGUGGGCGAGGGGAGAGGCUGCACUUUGGGAUGCUUCACGCUGCAGCAAUUUCCCAGGUGAGGGAGGGGUGUGUGGGGGGAAGCUAAAAGGGACCAAACCGGUCAAAGCCCUGGAGGAGAUGGGACCUGGGCGUCAGCUCUCGUUCGUGUGGCUGCGCCUCUGCCCUGCCCCUACCCCCACCCCCCCUUCUCUGGGUGCUCCUUCAGAUGCAGAGAUAUAUCUAUAUCAAAUAAAUGCUUCCUUUAGAUAUAUAUAUGUCUGUAUCUCUCCCUCCAUCCCCCCCCCUCCUCAAGAAGCUCGGCAUCCUCCCCCCACCCCUGCCCAGCUCCCUUCGUGUGGUCCCCGCGGUGAAGCGUUUUGGAGCGUGGCAUCACUCCCCCCCGAGGCCUCCCUUCUCCCCACCCCCCCCCCCCCCAAAAAAACCCACCCCCCCACCCCUCUGGGCCCCCCACUCCAGACUCUGUGUAUAUUAAUGACUGUGUCUUGUGCCGUUCUUUACGAGCUUGGUGUUUAGUGAUUUUAACCCAACCCUCGGAUUUCAGUUGGGCUUUGGUUCUUAUUUGGUUUUCAUUCUGAUCCCCCCCACCCCCCUUCCAGGAUUGCCAACCCCUCCCCCCGCCUCCACACUCCCUUGCCCUGCCCUCCUCUGCCAUUAGGUGCACUGCAAUAGUUUGGGGUCCAUUGUUUUGUUCUCCUUGCCCCUGAAGGAUGUGAACCUCCUCUUUUUUUUCUUCCCCUCCCCUCCACCAAAAUCUCUUGCCUCGUUGGUGGUUAGCCCCCAUCCCUCCCUUCCUUUUUUCCCACCCCUCCCCCCCCCGAGCUGUUCCUUGCCCAUAAAGUUAAAUAUAUAUUUUUAGGGCAAAGGCUGUAUCAUUGCACUGAUAUUUGUUGGGUCCUCUUUGAUCCUCCUGCCUCUUUUUCCCUUCCCCCCUCCCCCCCUACUCCAAAACUUGUUUUGAGUCCCUUCUUGUUUUUAGCAAUGCAAACGCUUCAGGAUCUUGUAUGUUGGCCCUUUAAAUUAUUCUUGUUCCUUUUUGGGUUUGUUUCUGUUACAGUUAUUUAUAUAUGGGGGGAAAAAAAUAAUUUAUCUCAAAAGGGGGAAAAAAAAACCUUAAAAAGGAAAAAAAAAUAUAUAAUAAUAAUAAUAAUAAUUAUCUAGGUCUGUCUUGGAACUUGUUUACCUUGAAAUUACUGGAAUCUAAAUGUUUGAGAAGUGUUGAAGCACAACCAUGUUAUCAUCUCUGUAGCUCUCUGUUCUGUACUCCAGCACUCGAGUGACUUCAAUAAAAGCGAGCUCCAUCCCCAGUGCAA